UGAAGUCAUUUUGAGCUGGAUAAGGACUUCAGAACUGGACAGCUACGAACUAGAUUGGACCGGACCUGACAGGAUACCUUAAUAUGGAUAAUGAAAAAGAUGAAACAGAGGAUCAGACAGAAGAUGUGCCAAAAGUUACAGAAGAAAAUGUGGCAGAGGAGACUGACGUAGAGAUUGUUCAGCUGCAGGGCCUGGUGACAGAGCUGCGCGAGGGGCUUCAUACUGCUUUGACGGAGCUGUGCGAGCUGCGCCAGAGGGACAACAGCCUGGAGGAGAAGCUCCAGGCGCAUCAGACUGAUGUGGAUGAUAGGAUAAUGGGCCUCAAGAACUCGCUCAACACUUUCAAGGAGGAGCUGAACGUGGUGUUGUUCCACAUAAAGGAUGUGUCCAGCAGACAGAGGGAGGUGCAGAAGAAGAUUGAACUGCUGCAGUCAGAAAACACCAAAGAUCUCAUAUCUGUUCCACACAGAAAGGGCUCCAAGGCAGAUUUGCUGUCAGCAUCAGGGGAUGAACACAUCUGUAUGCCCAGCCAGGCAGACCUCAGUGUCAUUCAGCACUUCUUUUCCAGUCUGCCAAACAGCGGGUCACCACAGAGGAGCAACACAUCGACACAGACCUCUACCUCUGAGCAGGAGGCUCAGCAGCAGCAGCAGCAGCAGCAGCAGAGAGGGUGUCCAUCCAAAUCUCCAGCGUGGGGAGAGAGGAAGAGCAGCAGAGACGACACAGAGGCAGCCAACAGCUCCACUGAAAACAAUAAGAGACAGAGAGUGGCUCUGGAGCUGCUGGAGUCAGAGAGAGUUUAUGUGUCCCACCUGUCUCUGUUACUGAAGGCCAACAUCUCCUUUAAUGGAUCAGAAGCUCUCACCUCUAAGGACAAGCGUCCAUUUCCGAGCACUCUGAGGUUUCUGAUCCAGCAGCACCUUGAGCUCCUCCAUACUCUCCAGGAACGUGUGCUCAAGUGCCAGUGGCAAGGCAUCAUGGGUGACGUGUUCAUGAGACUCACCAGCAAAGAGAGUGACUUCUUGAACUUCUACGUGUCGUACCUGAAGGAGCUUCCAGACUGUCUGUCAGUCGUCACCAUGCUCGCCUCCAGCUCCGUGAAAUCUUCUGCCUUCCUGGAGAGUGAAAUAAUGGGUGAUGAAUCCAGACCCUCACUCCACACUCUGCUCCUCCAGCCGGUUCAGAGGAUCCCUGAGUACCUUGUGCUGCUACAGGGGCUUCUGAGGCAGACAGACGCAGAGCACCCGGACUACUACCUGCUGCUGGUGUGCAUCCAGCAGUUCAGGUCCUUCACGGCUCAGUACCACCACCUCCUCCAGCACAACCAGGAGCUUCUGAUGCACAACCAGGAGCUUCUGAUGCACAACCGCAAGGAGGUGAAGAGGUCGACCAUGAAACAGCUGUUAAAGACAAUGGAAGGUGGGAUUCAAGCGAACAACAUCGGCUCACCGUACCCGUGUAACAGUGCCACGUUAGAACAUGCCAACCAGGUGAAGCGGAGCAAGCAGCGUCUCCUGGAGCAAAUCCAGUCGCAUCGGUUCCAGGACUGGGAUCGGGAAAAGGAUCAUGACCCUCACUGUUAUGACGCAGAGUGGCCCGCCCACGUCCCGUUCUUCAACCAUGAGCUGAACCACAAACCAUCAGGUCUUGGCAGUAUCCCAGAGACUGAGGGAUCUGAGAGGUCCAUGUCAUACCAGCAUCAUCUGCCCUCCAGACCUGCAGACUUCCGUCAGGUUCAACCGGGGUCUGCUCUAGCGGAUGCUCUCGGAGAGUUCCUUCUCCCCCCAGACCCCCCAGGGAUGGAGAGCCUCUAUGAAGAGGACAGAGGCUCCAUUCAUGAUGUCUCCAUGUUCGAUCGCUGCUCCAGUGCUUCUUCAGAUUCCUCCAUCGACAUCGCCUUUGUGAAGUGUCCCAAAGCGCCAUCAGCGUCUCAUCACACUAUGGCAGCCAAUGUGCCUACAACUCGUGAUGUCUUCGGCAAUGGAGGCAGCCAUGGGAAUGGUUACAGCAAACUGCCCAACCGCGGGUGCGUAUCUCCCGAUGAAGCUGUGAUGAUGCGCCGCAAUCAGCAUCGCCCCCUUCAGGCCAGCCAGCGUAAGAGCAAGUCACUGAACGGCCUGCAGAUGGACAACACAGUGAGUAGUGUGGAUAGUGGUCCUCUGUCAGACCACCUCCAAAGAUUGGGACUGGGCAGCCAUGCAAAGCUGGAGCGCCAGGGCAGUAAGGGCAGCAAAGGGUGCUCCACCCCGUCCCAUAAGGUCCACAGCCCCCUGGGGAACAGAGGGGACAUCGAAAAACAGGGCGAUGAUCUUCAUGGGCUGCUCAGCAUUGACUCCGGGUUCCAGUCGUGGGGCGACGAGCCAAAGUGGAGAGCGGGGACAGAGGAGAAUAACCACACCCCCUUCAGCGAGAGGGGCAGGAAGCAGGACAAAGGAGGCUUCAGAAGCUCGUUCAAGAAACUCUUCAAGAAGAAGAGCUCUGAUGAGAAGAAGGAGAGGGGAGGCGAGAAAACACCAGACAACCAAAACAACGGCGAACACGAGACACCGGGGAAAAAUCCCAGACUGACACAUCUGGAGUUAAACCGUGGCACAGCUGUAUGAACACAGAUUGAGGGUACAUAAAAACUGAAGAAGUACAAUAUGAGGUUGUCUUUUUUAGAACUGCUGUACAGGUUUAAGCUAUUUAGCUAAGCAACUUUUCAUCUCAUCAUUUCCAACUAUGAUGUGAUUUAUAUUUAAAAGACAAAAGUUCUGCCCCUGGCCUUCAUACUGAAGGAAAGCACUUGACAUGGCUGCGCUGCUGCGGACGCCAUUUAUAACAAAACAGCACUUAUGGUUGAAAUUUGGCUGAGUACUCCCACCAAAAUGACACAGGAAGGCAGCAAUGUGGUCUAGAUUAGGCUGCAUUAGUUUGGAGUCAUUUUAGAAUUAAAUGUGACUGUGCAGUCAAAGACCAGCUGAACUUUUUGGAAAUGAUGUGCUUACAAACGUGACCACUAGAGAGCGUAGUUUGACACAGUCCAUGCCCAUGCUGUAAAUAGCUCUGCUCUACCUCCAGUUUCUUCACAGUUUUCUGACAACAAACUCUUUUCUUUUUUUUUUUGUGAAGGUGUUUUAUUUGCACCCAACUUUCAAAUCAGUGCAAACCUAAUUUAGAAACUCUUUUUAAGUGUUUAAAGUAUAUUAUUUAUAUUAUAUUGACAGUAACCGUGAUAUUUGAAAAUUACAUUUUGAUAUCAUGUAAAUAAUUCUGUUCCUUUUUGCUCUCUCUUGGUUUCCCUCCCCCAACGCCAUCUGGUUGCCUUUUUUUAUCUUCACAAUAUGUUCACAAAUUGCUCUUUCGUGACGGUGAGGCCUCGUGUUCACCAAAGUGUUUUUCCCAGCUGAAAUUGCCAGGUGUUCCUCCAGAGACGCCCAUCUUAGUGCAUCGUUUUUUCAGCUGAGAUGCUUUGGUAGUGUCUGGUUGUUAUGAUACAGAAUACAUGCGGAAGUAAAAAUGUUGGCACACAAUAGAGCAGUGGUUCCCAGCUGGUGGCUCACGGUCCAACAGAGGGUUGAGUGACUCGAGCACAUGUCAAGCUUGUAAAAAUCACACCUUAGUUUGAAUUGCUGUGAAUUUCUGACACAGAGCUUUUAUUUUGCUGCUGUAGAGUGAGUGAAUUACUGAAUAACUCACAGCUUCUUAACAGAGACAGCAAACUGGCUCGACAACAUGGACAAACGCAAGUAUGAUGCUGAAUGUGUUAAACUGUGUGGAUCUUGAACUGAUGAUUAAGGAGAGAUCUGGACCCUGUGGAUGGACCAGUUGGGAACCACUGCGGUGGAGUACUUGCUCUGGAGGAAGGGAAGGCUGAAGCACGUAGGGAGAGAAGAUAGACACCCCCCUCAGUCAUUAUGGGUUCAUGGGAGGAAACACAUAUUAAUAUAUAUACAGUAUAUUAACAGAUUUCUCAUCCACUGUUUUUGUUGUUCAGCUCUUGUACAUGUAAAAUGUGACGGCUGGUCUUUGUGGCAUUUGUCCCGCCCCUCCUCCACGGUGAUUGGACAGCUGGGUAAAAAGUAACAGUGACGAGCGCAGAGUUUUACCCAAAAUCCAACAUUUUUCAACUCUCGGCGCUCAGAAAAAAAUAGAUAAAAAAAAUCAUUCUUCAACGGACACGUUCGUCACGGUUUCAGACUCGUAAUUUGAGUGUACCAAAAUUAAUUUGCCAAAAAAGUGACAGAACACACAAAAAACAAAGUUGAAGAUAUAUUUGACCAAUAGCACAUUUUUUUAAACACAUUUUUCUAUAGAUUUCACGAUAACAUCUAUUGUGAAAUCUGUUGGGCGCGAUAAUGGUGUAGUGAGAAUCUGGUUUUGUGCCAGCCCUGGUUCAAAGUUCAAUACUGUUCCCUCUUUGUUUUUCAACAUGGGUGCUGUUCCUAAUUAUUCAGUAACUAUUUCACCACUUCAUCAGACUCUGACACUCAUCUGUACAGGCUUCACUUCAGUUCAUCUUUCUACCAGUCUGCUUAAUGUGCUAAACCAUAAUCAGAAAUUAUCAUAUUGUGCAUAUACUCAGGAGAACAAACAUUAAGAUGAUGUUAUUUUGUGCAUUUUGUUUAAAAAACAAAAUAUUAAAUGUCUCUGUGACAGUUAUGUCUAUGCACUGAACAGUUUUCUAAGAGAUGAAUGUGACAAUCAGGAGACAUUAAGAAUGUUCAGUAAAGGUGCACGUUAAAGAUUCA